AUGACAGGGCGGCAGCGGGUGUUGUCACAAGCACGCCACCACACGCCUCAUCCAGGAUGCAAAAGGAGAUUCCGAUGAACUCAGCGUUCCUGACAGUUGGCCGAUGUCCGCCUCUCGACGGCGUCCCUGAAGGCAGCGCUGGCCCGUGCUAAGUGAUCGCGUCUCUCCGGGGAGACUCAGCCGAGAGAUGAACUAGGACAAGCGGAUCAUGGCGGCACCUCUGGGCCGGGACUCCCUGCCCGAACACUGGACGUACGGUGUGUGCGGGGACGGGAGGGUCUUCUUCAUCAACGACCAGACACGGGAGACCACCUGGCUGCACCCCCGCUCCUCCGAGCCGGUCAACUCGGGACAUAUGAUCCGCUCAGACCUGCCCAAAGGAUGGGAGGAAGGCUUCACGGAUGAAGGUGCGAGCUACUUUAUCGAUCAUAACCAGAGGAGCACUACCUUUCGUCAUCCCGUGACCGGGCAAGUUUCUUCAGAGAACAUUGAUUUUCUCCCUCAAGAACAGCUGCCGGGUCCUCGCGUCAUGUCCCACCCUGGCGUCGAGCAGCUCUCCAAUACCACCAUCAGCGAGGUCUCCACCAUCACCACCUCUUCUGCCGCGGACGCCGCCCCCAACGGCAAGGGUUCUCGCUCCGUCGGCGCCAGGGUGCACAGUUUCGGCAAGCGAGAUCAUGCCAUCAAGAGGAACCCCAAUGUACCUGUUGUGGUCCGAGGAUGGUUGUAUAAACAGGACAGUUCCGGGAUGCGCCUUUGGAAGAGGAAGUGGUUCGUCUUGUCUGAAUUCUGCCUCUUCUACUACAAAGACAGCAGAGAGGAGGCGGUCCUGGGCAGCAUUCCGCUUCCCAGCUAUGUCAUUUCACCCGUGGGACCUGAGGACCACAUCAGCCGCAAGUAUGCCUUCAAGGCCGUCCACCCGAGCGGGCUCUCGCACGUUUACAAACGCAGCUCUGUGAUUGGCUCUCAGGCGGAGCACACGGGCAUGCGGACGUACUUCUUCAGCGCCGACACGCAAGAGGACAUGAACGCCUGGCUGAGGGCCAUGAACCAAGCCGCCAAUAUGAGAGGCCCCGUCAACACAGGCGGCAGAGCAUCUGAGCAGUCGACUCACUUCCAGAUGAUGCAGCAUCAGACCGUCACGCACACCAACAACCACGUCAACAACCACAAGGCUCCAGAACCCCAGAGACACACCGUCCACGAGGUCCUUCUGGAGCCCAUACAUCACGACAUGGACGACCGCUGCAGCUUCCACAAAGACUCUCCCGUUACCAUGGAGAUGGACACCCAUGCCUCCCUCCCCGCCAACCUCACGGCCACCGGUUUCCUGGCGUCGGACCACGUGUCCACGUCGGCGCCCGUCUCCAGGGUGCCGUCUCGUGCGCCCUCGCGGUCCGCCUCCACGCUGCCCCCGGGCGUCAGCGCCAGGAACGGUCUGGUGGAGGUGCACAGCCCCAUCUUGGAGCCUAACGGGAUCGCGGCGGGGACGUACCAGAGGGCGCCAGAGACGUACCAGAGGGCGCCGGAAGCCCCCCAGGAAACGAGGAGACGGAAUACUCUGGAACAAGUAGAGCAGUGGGUCAAGGUGCAGAAAGGUCCUCCAUCCCGAGACAACACCCUCCCCCGCCGAACGCCGCCCACCCAGCCCAAGUUCGGCACCCUGGAAGCAUACCAGACCCUGCCAAAGACCCCCCGCAAUAGCCCCCCAACGGCACGUCCCAGCGAGUACAAAUACGCACAGGACCGCAUGAGCCACUUCCGCCUCACCCCCGAUCUGGCCGGCCCGGGUUCCAACACCAUCCUGCAGCUGUACGAGUGGCAGCAGCGCCAGCAGUACCGCCACGGCAGCCCCACGGCCCCCAUCUACACGCCGGCCCCGGACUAUCCUUUCGGGCCCCGCCCGCCGUCCGCCCUUCCUCCAGCCGCCAAGCACAACGGGCCGCCACGAUGCGUGUCCGUACCGCCUUCGCCCGCCGACAUCCCGCCUCCGGGGCCUCCGCCGGGUAGCAGCAGGACCUUGUCGCCCGCCCGCCCCCCGCACACGCCGAUCGACCGCGUGACAGUGAGACCCUCGACCGACGCGUCGGCAAUGGAUACAAUGUUUGCCAUUUCACCUCGCAGGACCAAGUCUCAAGUCUUCAAGGUGUCCACCAUGGAGAGGCGCUCUUUGCCUCCAUCCAACUAUAUCACACACACGGUCAGUGCGCCCAGCCUCCACGGAAAAACGCCCGAUGAGCUCACCCUGCUCCUCAUUCAGCUGCGCCGCCAUCAGGCCAAGAUGGCGGCCGCCCGCCAGCGCACGCUGGAGCAGCUGCAGCACCACGGCCUGUCGACCGCCGACCCCUUCCUCACCGCCGUCCCCAGUCCUCCGUUAAACCACCUCAGUCUGUUGAGCCAAACGCAGGUGGAUGACACGUACAAGCAGCUGAAGCAAGACCUGGAUUAUCUGGACCUGAAGGUGGCCGGAAGUCAAACGCUGAAGCCCGUCAAGGUGGCAGAGAGUGACGUGGAUGUGAAGCUGAGUCGGUUGUGCGAGCAAGACAAGAUCCUGAAGGACUUGGAAGUGCGGAUCAGCUCGUUGAAGAAGGAUAAGGACAAGCUGGAGAGCGUGCUGGACGUGUCCCACCAGCAGAUGGAGCUGUUUCACGAGCAGCCGGCCCACGCCCAAAAGAUCUACUACCAGCAGAGACUCCUGCAAGAGGACUUGGUGUCCGUAAGGGCCCAGAUAUCCCGACUCUCUACGGAAAUGACACACGCCUGGGAGGACUACGGCUGGCUGGAGAAUUCAGUGGAGCAGUUGAGGACGGCGCUACAGGCCCGCAUGAACCACAGCGCCACCCCUCAGCAAGAAAAAGGCGAGAUGAAGCGCGAGCUGUGGAGGAUCGAGGACGUGAUGGCGGGACUGAGCGGCAGCAAAACCAACUACAAAGUUACCAUCGACUCUGUGCAAAACCCGGAGAGGAAGUUAGUGCCUUCCGUGUCGGAGCCCAGCGUGCCUUCUUCCACCGCCGACGUCCAGCCGCCUCCCCGUAGCUCCGUCCCGAGCGUCUUCUCGCAAACGUUGCCUCACAACUUUGUGCCAAAGUGGGCAGAGGACGGCGCUCCCCCCCGACCGCCGCUCCCUCGCCAGUACGACUACGAGGAGACGCCGCCCGCCGUGCCGCCGCUGCCCAAGGAGGCGUCGGCAGCCAUCCGCCACACGUCGGUGCGAGGCCUCAAGCGACAGUCUGACGAGAGGAAGAGGGACCGGGAGGGCACACCCUAUGUCCUCAAUGGAGACUGUAAGACUGACUUGCGUUCAUACCUGAGCGAACCUGAGCUGCUGGCAAUUACUCACCCAAACACAAAUGCAGACAACCACCACCUUGAUCAUAAAGCAGGUCUGUCGGGCGCGUCAUGGCAGAUGGCCAACAAGUCGGAUGCCCUGUCGUCCUUUGUCACGCUGAGGAGACGCCCCGGUACCGCCGUGGACAGGCAGGAGCGACCCAAGAGUGCCUUGGACUGUCUGUCCUCCGAGUACGCGGGCGGCACGCUUCCUCCCCAACGCGGCGGCCGAAUGAGCGCCGAGGAGCAGCUGGAGCGCAUGAAGCGCCACCAGAGGGCGCUGGUGCGCGAGCGCAAGCGCAACCUCAGCCAGGGCGAGCGCUCGAGUGCCCCGCCGCCCGCCUCCGAGUUCGAUUGUCGGGAGGAGCGUCCCGGGGCAGAAGGCCAAAGCGAUGAAGGUCACAAGGAGGGAGGAGGUGAAUGGCUGAUGGCCAAGGCCAGGCUGGUGAGAGAAGUGGACGUGGAGCCUCUGGACUACGACCUCGACAUCAGCAGAGAGCUGUCCAAGCCAAAGAAGGUGUCCAUCCCAGAGCGUUAUGUGGAGUCGGAUCCAGAGGAACCGCUGAGUCCGGAGGAGGAGGAAAAGCGAAGUCUUCGUACGGAACGUAUCAGGAAGAUCCUCACAAAGUCCAACGUUCAGAAUUUGCAGUCAGCGUCAUUGGACCUGAGUGAACUGGACUUGGUUCUUCAAGAGCAGGAGAAGAUAAUGAAGGCAUCGCAGACGCUCGCUUCGCAGGCGUCCAGGAAGAGCAAACUGGUGGCAGCCAAAGCUGCUGCCUCUGCUCGCGAGUGACAACCUCCACUGCCCCUCAAAAGGAGACCCAAUGUCGGAACACAGGGAGACCUUUUAAAUUAAAAACGCAACACAAACAUUUUACAUCACAGUUUUAUUUUUUAUGAAAUAGUUUGACCAGUUUGUAGCGUCAUCUAGUGGUCACACAAUGUAUGUAUUUGCUACUAACAAGGACGAUUAAUCGUUCACUUUACAAACUAAAUGAACAAAUAAGAG